ACCAUCAAAUUUUCGGAAAAAAUCAAAAUUAUCUGUUUCGGCUAAACAAAAGGCGUGUUAAAAAGUUCAGGAAAACUCAAAAUUCUGUGGUUUGAAAAAAAAAGUCAAAAUUGAAACAAAACACACACACACAACAAAAUUGUCGUUUGGAAGGAAACAAAAUAACGAAGAAAAACGAAAGUUGAUCACAAUUGGUACAAGUUUUGGCAAAGGUUUAGGAAAGGCGUCGAGAAAAAAAGGUUUGAAAAGUUUGCUUUUUGGCGAAUCAUCGAGCAAGGAAGCGUGUGUGAGAGAGAUCGUCUGGAGAAGUUGAAGAUCUCACUCGCUCUAAUUAAGAGAAUUCCAUCACUUCCCACCCCCUUCUUCCUGGCAUCCCGUGUCCUGCGCCGCUGCAGCCGGCUGCAGCCAAAGUGGUCAAGCUGAAUUCGCCACCGGCCCUCCUCGGCAGCACCAGUAGCAAUCACCAUCUCAUCCGCCAUCCUGCGCCAGCAGCCCCCUUUGCCACGAUGGAUCAGCAGCAGUACUGCCUCAAAUGGAGCAACUACUCGUCGAACCUGGCGGCGGCCUUCUCCAACCUGUUCGACUCGGCGACGCUGACGGACGUCACGCUGGUCUGUGGAGGAACCGUCUUCAACGCCCACAAGGUCAUCCUGGCGGCGUGCUCGAAAAACUUUGCCGACCUGUUUGAGCGGGCUCCGGUCGGCACCGGCCAGAUCUGCGUGAUGCUGGAGGCCACAUCCGCCGACAACAUGCACGCCCUGCUCGAGUUCAUGUACAAGGGCGAGGUGCACGUGUCCCAGAAGGCGCUGGAGAGCUUCCUCAAGGCGGCCGAGAAUUUGCAGGUCAAAGGUCUCACGACGGAGCACGGGCGGUUCGCCAGUGCAAACGCCGCCUCCAGCCAGCCCCAGCAGCAGCAACAACAGCAGCAACAGCAGCCGUCGUCGUUCCACGAGUCGUCCUCCUCAAACAACCUGCCAUCGCCGGCGUCCCGACGGGCGCAACGCAACUCCCUGUCGGCAUCGCUCGAGUCCAUCAACCGGGUCGUCAAGAACGAACAGAACGCCAACAGUGGCAACUCCGGCGUAGACCGGGGCGGACCGGACGACGGGCCGGACGGCCCGGGUGGUAGACGCCGCGGUGGCUCGACCACGCCCAGCUUCUCCUCCUACCUGCAGCCGUCGUAUCUGCCCCAGCCGUACGAAUCGUCCCGCAAACGCUCGAUGCGCAGCCCAUUCUACGAACCCCACCAGGAGGCGACCGCUCGCGGCAGUGUACUGCGCGACGGCAAGGCCAGCAUCGGCAAUGACAGUCCAGUGAGCGGCAGCAAAAACUACCGGCCCUCGAGCAGCGGUUCGUCGGCGGCACCCACGGAAGCGGACACGGCACACACGGACCGGGAUUCACCGCAGCAGUCAAAUCGCUACGAGAACCACAGCCCCAGCACGACCCACCACGGCAACGGUAACGGACCAGUCUCCUCGAACACCCUGGAACGGGACGAACGAAGCGAGCGGGCACUCUCCGAGGACGACAAGCUCAAGAUCGACAGCAGGGAGGGUAACGAGGCCGGUGCCGAGGAUCUGCGAGUGAAGAUGGAGAUGCGACCGAUCCAGUCGCCGCUGACGUCGUCCGCCCCGCCCACGCCCACCACCCCCGUCGGCUUCAUCAACGUGAAGGGCGGUCUGCCCGGAGGUCUGGACGGAACGAUGCCCGCGGUCGACAUGCUGGGAAUUCUGAGCGCCACCCGGGAAAGCGUGACCACGGCUGACGGUUCCCUUCCCCCAGGCAAGAAGCUGCAGUGCCCCCUGUGCGACCGCCAGUACGGCUACGAGACGAACCUGCGCGCCCACAUCCGCCAGCGGCACCAGGGCAUCCGCGUCCCGUGUCCCUACUGCUCGCGAACCUUCACCCGGAACAACACCGUGCGGCGACACAUUGCCCGCGAACACAAACAGCAGACGGCGUUCAUGCCGAACCAGCUGCACAGUUAAGGUGGGGGAUUGGGACCCGCCGACGGAAGGAAGUUCGAAAACUGCCAGCAGAACAUCAGCCAAAAAAAAACUCGCGAGCAAAACAAAGCACACACACACACUCGAAAGAAAAGCUAAAGUGAUAAAGUGAAGAGAGAGAGAAAUCCGAAAUUUAUUUCGCAAAUAAGGCAAACUUGGAGAUAAAUUGAAAGAAGGAAGAAGAAGGAGAGCAAGUUCGAAGUGAAAUUGGCAAAGCCGAAACAGCUUGCUUGCUUGGUGUGUGAGUAAUUUUGAGAUGUAUUUCGCGCCAAUUUUGUUCUCUCAAAGAGUGAUAAACACAGACCGAUGUUACCGCGAUGAUAUGCGCAAGUUGAAAGACGCAAAACUGAAAUGCAAUACUUUUUAGGUUUUUUUUCCCCCUCUGAAGAUGCUUACCUUUUUAUUUUUGUUCGUUCUACACAAAGUUCCUCUAUAAUUCUGAAGCAACAGUUUCUCACGUUCAUUUCACACACACACAUACAAAUACACGUGUAGAAAUCGCGUGGCUUUCUUUCCAAACGUGUGAAAGAUAAACAGAAUCACCACAAGUGUCAUUAUUUAAUAAUUUAAUAAAGAAGAAGAAGCAUACAUAGUUGAAGUAUAGGAAAAAAGGGCUAAUACGAGAACGUAUCUGAUUCACAGAAUAAUUAAAUACAAGAUAUAAUUGACGUUUAAUUUAUUGCGCAAAGAAACUACACAGAUUGAUAUCAAGUUUUUUCUCACCACAAUAGAAAAAGAAGAUGUUAAGUAACAGUAAUAGAAGUGAAAUGAAUAAUGAAUACACAAAGUACCUGCUGAUAAUAAGAAAUAAAAAAAAAACAUAGAGUAAUCAGAAAUAUUUAAAUUUAAAUAUAUGAAAUAAUAUUUAAAUAUAUUGUAACGUAAGCGCGGUUGCAGUGAAACACACACACAAACACAAACAGAUAAACAGAAAGUAAAAGGAAACCCAAUCUGCUUGACGAAAAAGACAUUUCAAUUAACAAGUGGUCGAAUCAAUCUAACCAAAACUGUACAAAAAGCAAAACAAACCCGCAUCAAACUAGAGCAAAAAAGAAUCGUUUGUUUUCCGUUCAGUUUUCCGUUACCUUUGCUCGAAACGUUGAACUAUACUGCAAAAUAGUAUAAAACUUGGUGCCUACCUAAGAGAAACUACUACUACUACUACUACUAUACCUACUAAACUGAAACCAAUUUGCGCGCGCAACAACCGAAAUAGACGAAUCAAUAGAACCUA